GUUCUUAGUGUUCAUCAUUUCAAAGAUGGAAUUAAGCUCGGGAUCCUCCAGUAACAGCAGAUUUGGGGGGCGCAAAGUCUGUGAUUGUGGAUUGCCGGCAAAGAUUUUCAAGUCUAAAACGGCAAGAAAUCCACAUCGAAAGUUUUAUGGGUGUGAGUUGUACAAGGAAGGUGGGAACGCUCAUUGCAAAUACUUUAGGUGGGUUGAUGAAGAAGAGGUGAAAGGCUGGCCGAGACAAGCGUUGGUAGAAGCUGAAGCUGAAAUUAACGAGAAGAUUAAGAUGAUCAGUCAACUAAAAUCGACAAUUAAGGAGCUUCGUGGUGAUUUGGAGAAGAAACAAUUGGAGAUAUCAUCAAAGAAUGCUGAGAUGGAAAGAAUUGUGUAUCGUCAACGCAUUGUCAUCACUGGAUUGACAGGAUUGCUUGUAUGUGCUGUUGGAGCCAUUGUUUUUGGCUGAGCAUUGUUGUUGUUUGAAUGAGCUUUGGUUGUAAUGUCUUCGGUUAGUGGCUUUGUAAUGCCUUCGGUUAGUGGCCUUGUAAUGAAUUUGUUGUUGUUUGUAUGAAUUUGGUUAGUGAAUUUGGCUUUUGGUAAAGAAUUUGUUUAGAAAAAGAAGUAGAACACUUGAACAAUUACCAAAUUAAGUGUUUAAAGUAACCAAAUACAUGCUCAAAUUGACCAAUAAUGUAUCCAAAAAACCAAUCUGACCAACCUAACAUGUCAACAAUGUAUCCAAAAAACCAACCUUACAUGUGCCAAUUACCAACCUAACAUGUCAAUAAUGUAUCCAAAAAACCAACCUCACAUGUGCCAAUGACCAACCUAACAUGUCAAUAAUGUAUCCAAAAAAGCAACCUGACAUGUCAAUAUGUCAUCCGAUUAAAGUAUGUCACCAAAACAGCCGAUUAAAGUAUUUAACCAUCCAAAAAACCUUCUACAAAUCAGUCCCUCAUCCAAAUAGCAUCCUCUCGACCCAGCUUCUCUGUGGUGCGGAUGAAGAAACAUCUUGCACUUCAGGUUCUUCAGCUCGAUGUCCAGCUUCAGGUUCUUCAGGUCCAGGUGCUUCCAUUGCGGCAAAUGCUGCUUCCAUUUCAGAUUGAUCUUGAGCUUCCAAUUGACCCGGUUCUCCAUUUAAUCUUAUUCUCUUUGCCCUGCUCUCAGAAGACUAUAGAAA